AUGACCGUUACAUCUACUACUCCAUCUUUAUUCACCCCUCUCAAGGUUGGUGAUUUGCAACUUCAACAUCGUGUUGCUAUGGCACCAUUGACCAGAUUUAGAACUCCAAAUCACAUUCCUCCUGAGGUUUUUGGUGAUUAUUAUGAACAGAGAGCCUCUAGAGCUGGAACUUUAAUUGUUACCGAAGCUACUCUUAUUGCUCCUCAAGCUGGAGGAUAUGAAAAUGUCCCCGGAAUCUGGUCUCAAGAACAGAUUAAAGCUUGGAAGAGUGUAAUGAACAAGAUUAACGGAAAGAAAUCUUAUGCUUUCAUGCAGCUGUGGGCUCUUGGAAGAGUUGCUCACCAAGAUAUUCUUGACAAAGAAGGUGUCGCUAGUGAUGUAGUUUCUGCUUCAGAUGUUCCUCUUGGUGAGACUAGUGAUAUUCCUAGACCUCUUACAGAGCUAGAAAUCAAAGAGUAUAUUAGACUGUAUGCUCAAGCCGCUAAGAAUGCCAUUGAAGCAGGAGCUUCUGGUGUCGAAUUACAUGGAGCCAACGGCUAUUUACCAGACCAGUUUCUUCAUGAAUCCACUAACCGUCGUACCGAUGAGUAUGGCGGAUCGAUUGAGAACAGAGCCAGAUUUGCUCUAGAGGUUAUCGAUGCUUUAAUUGAAGCUGUUGGUGCUAAGAGAGUCGCAGUAAGAUUAUCUCCUUUCGGAGAGUUCAAUAAUAUGCACCCUGGAGUUUCACCAAUUCCACAGUGGUCAUAUUUGAUUAGCGAGCUUGAGAGAAGAGCUCAACAGGGAAACCGAUUGGCUUAUAUUCAUCUUGUUGAGCCUCGUGUUAACGGUAACGUCGAUAUUGAAUAUACGGGUAGUAACGAGUUUGCCCGAAAUAUUUGGCAGGGUAUUCUUGUGCGAGCCGGUGGCUUGAUCCGGGACGCUGAGAAGUUUGCCGAAAGUGACCCAAACACUGUUGUAGCUCUUGGUCGAUAUUUCAUCUCGAACCCAGAUCUUGUGGAUAGAUUACAGAAGAAGAUUCCUCUGACACCUUAUAAUAGAGAGACCUUUUAUGCUACUGAUCCUCAUGACACUAGAGGAUAUAUUGAGUUCAAGUUUGCAUCCCAGCAGUAG